AUGGCGGAGGAGAUGCCGCCGCCGCAAGCUCAGCCAAGUUUCAAGCUUUUCGGCACAGUGAUAGGAAAGAGGGACAGAGAAGUCGACCAGCAGCAACAGGAAGAGGCGGAGGAGGAAGAGGAAGGGGCGCAUACGGCGACAGGGACGGCGGCGUUGGUGGCAGCAGUGUCGGCGAGGGAGGAGGCGCUGCCGUGCCCGCGGUGCAAGAGCCGGGAGACCAAGUUCUGCUACUUCAACAACUACAACGUCAACCAGCCGCGGCACUUUUGCAAGGCCUGCCACCGCUACUGGACCGCCGGCGGCGCCCUCCGCAACGUCCCCGUCGGCGCUGGCCGCCGCAGGGGACGUCCCAUCCACCGCUCCUCCAUGGCCGCCGCAUCCGGGUGCGUAGGAGUCGCCGCCGAGAGGUGGAUCCUGCGGCAGGACGCGCCGGCCAGGAUCGGUCGCGGGAUCGACGGCGCCGCUCUCCGUUGA